AAAAAGCCAGAAAUUAAACAUAACCCAACAAAUCAGUAUCCACUCUAACGUUUUGAUCUCAUCAUACUAUCUCAUCAACUAUCAUAAAACUAACACACUAUCAUUAAGUUGAUAACAGCGCAAGCCUGUGGUCUGCGUGCGUAGGAUGUCUGCAUAGUUAUUAUGCAAUUUUGUCUAUAAUCACUUAUUUUAACGUGCUGUUGUCAUACGAGUGCAAAAUAACUCCUUUUCAUUUUAUCAGUUUAUUUAUACAACACAAUGAUGUGUUAUUCCGCAUUUGACAUUAAACAGACACGCCAUGAAUGAUAUAGAAGUACUAUUUAUCAGAUUAUUGAAAAGAAGAUAUCAAAAUUCGUAAAAUUCCAAAAUUAUUUAUGCGUAAAGAACUCUAUGUUAUUACCAGCUGUAUAAAGGCUAGUGUAAAAAUUUCGACAACAUUUUAAGAACGAAAGAGUUAAUAAAUAAAUAAUGAAUUUGCAUAGUGUUAACAUUUGCAUAACAAAAAUAGAGCUUGAAACUUCCGAUUCUGGUAAAGCAGAAAAUUUUGCCGUUGCUACUGGUCUUCAUUGGUCAACUGUUCUUUGGGCUUUUGUGAAUGUUGUCUUAUUUAUAUGCAUAUUAAGUGGAAAUGUUUUAGUUAUUAUAGCAGUGCGUAGUUGCCGCCGUCUACGCUCUUUGCUAUCCAAUCGUUUCAUACUGUCUUUGGCUGUUGCAGAUGUUGUCGUUGGUUUAACUUUACCAUAUCAUUUAAGCUUUUAUUUAGGUUUGGAUUUGGGUAUACAUCACAAUUACUGUUUAAUGCGCUUUUUUCUGGUUAUUUUUGCUUGCUGCGUAUCAAUUUUAACGCUAAUCACAAUUUCUGUUGACCGCUAUAUUGCCAUAAUCUAUGCUUUGCAUUAUAAAAGGUUCAUGACGCCACGGAUUGUUUUGUCCGUUAUUGUUUGCAAUUGGAUUAUGGGAGCUUUCGUGGCAAUUAUACCCAUGUUUUGCAAUCAUUGGAAAACUGCUCGUGAAUGUGAAUUUGAUGAGGUGUUACCACCCUGGUAUAUGACUGGUUUUAUAUUUCCGUCUUUCAUCGUCAUUUGGCUAUUGAUGGUGCUCAUGUAUAUGAGAAUUUUACGCGUAGCGUCCAAACAAGCUAAACAAGUAAGACAACUGCCGCGGUCGAUGAAUCCUUCCAUUCUACUGAGUUCGGAUUGGAGAUCGACACAGAUCGUUUUCUUUAUAAUGGGCUGUUUUUCUUUAUGCUGGUUGCCCUAUUUUAUUGUGGUGUGUGCUCAAAUCUUCAACAUUUUCAAUGUCGAACCGCUACUGUACAGAGCAGCCUUCUCUUUAGCUAUGACAAACUCUGCUCUGAACCCGAUUAUCUAUUGUUGGAAGAACAAAAGUUUUCGACGUGCUUUUAAUCUACUCUUACGUUGCCGAAGUCCCAACGUGCAUCCGACUAGUUUAAUAGUAAGUUUUAGCAAUUCAACAGCCACUCACAAAAGAAAUUCACUUUCUUGUGCCAACGACACUAUCGAAAUGCCUAUUGUUGCUUGCGCGAAAAAUGAUCGUUUACCCAAAAUUUACACAAUUAAAUUUUAAUCAUUUGAAAUAAAGUUGAUUGUCAGUUACAUACGCUAAACGUUUUUUGAAUUC